AGCAUCCAGUCAGCGGAGUUAGCGCAGCUGAAUAGACGCAACAUGGCGGAGAAAGACAGCGAGCAGCCGCCGUCCAUCCGGUCCGGUUCUCCUGCUCAGCAGUAGAACUGUUCUGCGUUGCUCAGGUCUCUCAGGUAUAAAGUGAAGGGACAAGUUUGCGUCGCAACUUCAAGAGUAAAACUGUUGUGGAAAUGAGGCGCGAGCGAGGUAUUUGAGAUGAGCCGACACGCAACAGGCGUCCAGGAGUCUGUGCAGGAGUGUGCCUCCUCCCAGCCGCUGCCUGCAGAUCAUGUGCUCAGCUCUGCAGCCGUGUUAUUCCCUGGUGCUUUUGAUCAACAUGGCUGCCCUUUGAUUGUGUUCCCAGUAGAUGAGCAAGCCAAACUCUCCUCAGAACUAAGCAAAGCAGAAGUGGUGGACUUCAUAAAUUGCUUUCUGGGUCUGCACAAUAGGAAGCAAGAGAAGGACAGUUUGGUGUCCGUGGUGGCUGAUCUGAGGCACGCCUCGCUCCCUACGACCAGGGUCAUCGCCGAGACUCUGCUUCUGCUUGAGCUGCACAAGAGGACCGUCCACAGUGUGUACAUCAUUCAGCCCAAAAAGAAGGAUGCUGCCAAGCUGUUGCUGAAGCUCCUGGCUCCGUCAAAAUCAUUCACGGCCUCUUUCAAGAAAGUUCUUCUGAAAGAAAUCCCAGAGCUAUCCAACUACAUUGACCGAAGCCAGCUAACCCCAUCGUUGGGAGGCUACCUUAUUUACUGUCACCGGAGUUGGGUGGACUUCAUUAAGGAGAUCGAUGAGUUUGUUCAGAAGUUCCUGUCUGUGGUCCAGCGGCUGCCCUCGUGCAUCUCCACCCUCCAAGCUCUGUCCAGGCUGCCUCUGCCCUCAACCUUCAGCGAGCUGCAACACUUCUGUUCCACCAAUGAAGUCAAGUUCCUGCAGCUCAGGAGGGAGCUGGGUCUGGAUGAACUGCUGAGGCACUGUGAGAGUGUUGUGGAGAAGCUGCGUUGCCCUGAGAAGGAGCCGUGUUACCAAGCCAUGGCUGGCACUGCCCUCUUCACCCACACUGCCUUCGACAUGCUCCAGAACCACAGCAGGAUAUGUGCAGCUGUGGAAAAAGUGGAGCAGCUGUCACGGCAGGCCUUUUCUAAGGCCCGUCUGCAGCUGCAGAUGUUCCAGCUGCGAGAGGAUGCACUGCAGAUCACAGAGCGGAUCAAAACUCUUCUUGAAGAGAAACUCCAGCCUUAUAAAAUAGAGAUUACCAAGGAUGCUGUAAAGGCAGCGAUGUUGGUGUCUGAAUUUGAGGCAUCCAUUCACAGCCCUGCUAUGGCACUUAUUCGCUGUGCUGAAGAUGUGAUCCGCGCAGUGGCAGAGAUCCUGCUGUUCGACGGUCAGACCCGGGAUCACUGGGUUCUGGAUGUGGAGCGGCUGAAGGAGAAACUCCACUCUGCUGUGCACUUCAUUCUGCAAACCCUCAGAGCGGUCUCCAGCUACCAUCAUCACUACAACAAGGCCAACAGAUGGUACGGUCUGGUCCUCUGUGAGAACUUCCUCCAGGCGCUGCUGUCAGGCAUUAAUGGAGACGGUGCUCUCACACAAAGGCAGAGGAGCAACUUGGGGACGAUCCCUGCAUGGAGGUACAAAAUGUCCACUUUCCUCAAGAAGAAUCGCCCUCCAGAUACGGAGGAGCUAGUUCAUCUGGCUCAUCUUUCGAAUGCCAUCCCAGAUGAUGAAGUCCAGGAGGCAGGCAAGCAGAUGUCUCAGCGGUGCAUGACCCUGAGGAAACUCCUAAUGUCUUCUGGCCCUGUGGCUGUCGGUCAUCUCCAGCUGGCCUUACAGUGGCAAUAUGAGUUGUUGCGGAGCAGUCAUGUAAAUCACUCCCCUGCUGACGGUACUACAAACGGAACCGCUAAGAAAGCAGCUAGUCUUCCCCAGACGUCUCCAUCGACUGCGGUAUCUGGGACCGCUGAGGGCAAACCCCCCUCUCUCAGCUCAUUCGACUCGGGCUUCGAUGGAGCUGGGAGCUGCCAGCUGGAGGCCUGGGGAGGGAGGGAAGGAGUGGAAGGUCUGUCCAGAGCAGCGGGGACCAGGGACUCUGUGGAUUUGAGGCUGACUCAUGGCUGGACUCUCAAAGAGAAUAUUUCCAGCGAUUCCAUUUCUGAAGAUCACAGAGAGGAGUUUGACCUCGGCUCUGUGGGAAACUCCUCCAGGGCUAGCAUCCAGAUCGUCCCUAAAGUAACCAUGGAUUCCCUCAACUUGGAGAUCAAAGUGAAGCGCUCCGCUGCCCUACCCAAUAAUCCUUGGCUUAGCUUGCCGGUAGACAAUCUGGAAAACUCGUACACGGUUACCAUCACACAGAACCCAACACCGCAAGAGAGAGAUCUACAAUUCCACGAUCCCUCUGACCCCUGCACGGAUGCCAACCAGUCCAGCAGGUGUCAACAUCAGCCCACACAGACGGACGUGUUGAGCAGCACACAGCCCAGAGGGCCACAGAGCAGGGACUGGACGCUACGUUCACAAAGCAGUUUAGAGGAUCCUGAACUGAGUCCCAUUCACAACAUCCUCUCCAGCACGUUCACCGAUGGAAGAGACGGUUCCAUCUGCAACACAGAGGGGAUUCCCACUCUUCUCUGGGAUUCUUAUGACCUCCAUGAGCAGAAUCAGGAUGCUGUUGAUAGUGUGAUCGAUAUCUCCCUAAAUGACUGGGAUGUGAAGGAGCAGGAGGAUUUGAGCGAGGUGGAGAAGAUCCUGGUCAGGGCUGAUGAAGUGCUAGAGAAAGAAGAAGAUGUUCUGGCUCAGGAGGCUGUGCUGGAUGCCCUGCUGAGGUCUGAGAACAGGCAGCAUCAGUGGCCGCUGUGGGACAGUGAGUCCCAGCUCGCUGUGAUGUCAUCCAGUGAGCUGGCUGAAGCUGGUGUUCUCGGCUUCGAGGAUGACCUUGACCCUGCAGAAUGUGACAACCUCAGUGAACCCAGAUCAACUGGAUCUGCAAGUGAAACUAAGUCUUCUGAAGAUGACUGGCACUGCACGGAUCCAGUAGUAUUUCACAGCAGACCGGAUCUGCUGACUGAGUUGAGGAAAGUCCACGUUCUGGAUGAGCUGAUCAUAGAGGAGAACAUGAAGAUCCAGAAGCUUCGAAGCUGCAUAGAAAACCCCAAAGAGGAACUCUCUGUGAGCAAACCUCCGCAUACAAACGGGCCGUCAAGUAUGAGCAAAGAGAGGGAGGCUUUUCGGUUACAACUGGAAAAGGAGAAAAGGGAGGUGGAGAAGCUUGAGAAGAGCUUGGACAAAGAGCGUCAAGUGAAGAAAGACAAGGAUGGAGCUAGAAAGGUUGUUAAAUGUUCUAUAAUGGAGAAGGCUAGAAGUGAGAAUAAGCAGGACCAAGCCCUCUGUGACAAGCUUUUAUCAGGUAGUUGUAACGGAUCACAGAGGACUCCUUCAACAUCUUUGGUCCAGAAUGAUUCUCAGGAUGUCUUGAAGACUGAACAUAUUCAAGCAGUGUUAGCUCCUGAUGCUGCUGAAGAGGCUGCACCACAAGACUUGGUUCAAUUUCCGGAUUCCCUAUGUCAAGAUGAUUGCUCUGGAGCUGAGCCCUCAGUAUUUCAUAUAUCUACUUUAAAUAGUACCUCUGAUUUGAAGGAACCUCCUGAAGAGGUGGGAAUCCAACCUCAGGAAUGUAUCUCUGGGAACAAAUUGGACAAACCUGGUGACAAUGCUUCUCUAACCUCUGAUCUGAGUCCAGAUGAUGGAGCCUUUGACCCGGGUGGACAAUCCCACUUUCCUCCUGCGACUAAGCCAAGGAAGGCUUCACUUACUGUGAACGACGAACUGGAACACAGACCUUCUCAUUCCACAGAGCUGCAGAAUCUAACUCGGCCCUCGCUUGCUCAAGAUCCCGGUUUUAUGCAACUGGAUCUGCAAGAGAAAGCACUUCAUGCACUGCCGGAGAGUGUGACUCCAGCCAUCAGUCACAACUUUGUUCUCAAUCCAAAUGUGAAGGAACACAGCAACAACAACAAUAACAACCAUGCGCUUACAGAGCAAUGCGAGAUGUCAUUAGAAAUAAGCACUGAAGAUGAAGAUGAAGAGGAUGCAUCAGUAGCACCUGCAUGUUCGCUCCAGACAGAUUUACAGCCAGCAGAGGAAAUCCCGACUUUAUCUCCUGCAGAAGAGCCAGCAGCACCUCUGCUGCCUCCUGACCAGCCGCUGCAGUUUGAACCCGGUGGAAGAGAUGACUUCCCUGAUGGUGUUCAGAGCUCUGAGGCCAUGAAGAUAUCAGGCUGUGGGUCAGCUGGGAUUGAAGCCCAGCCUGACAUCAACAUGAGACGGAUGACAGAUUUCAAGACCCCCAUAGUUCUGGAUAUGGGGUCUGGUUUGAUGAAAGCAGGAUUUGCAGAUCAAGACCUCCCAAACAUUAUAUUCCCAACAAUUAUUGGGACGCCAAAAUAUGAGGAAAUAAUGAAUGGUAACCUUGAAAGGGAGACCUACAUUGGACACGAGGCUCAACACAUGAGAGGGGUCCUGGCUUUGAAGCAUCCCAUAAAGAACGGGAUCAUUCGUAACUGGGAUGACAUGGAAAAGAUUUGGCAUCACACGUUCCAGCAGCUGUGUGUGGAUCCAGACGAUCAUCCUGUCCUGCUGACAGAGGCCGCCAUGAACCCCUUGGGGAAUCGUCAGCGCAUGGUGGAGAUCAUGUUCGAGUGUUUCCAUGUUCCCUUCACCUAUGUGGCCAUGCAGGCAGUGCUGGCACUUUAUGCAGCAGGGAGAUCCACGGGAGUGGUGUUGGACUCUGGAGACGGAGUGAGCCACAGUGUGCCCGUGUUUGAGGGAUACUGUCUGCCUCACGCAGUGCAGUGCUUCCCUCUGGCUGGUGUAGAUGUUACAAUGCAUCUUAAAAAGCUUCUGCAGGAACAAGGGGUGUGCAUGCGCACCACAGCAGAGAUGGAGAUAGUGAGGGAGAUGAAGGAGAAGUGCUGCUGUGUGGCUCUCAACUAUGAAGCUGAACUGAGUCAGGGGGGUGCGUCCUGCAGAGAGAUGCAUUACAACAUGCCAGAUGGACAGAUUGUCACAGUCAGCACAGAGAGGUUCAGGGCCCCUGAGAUUCUCUUUAAACCUGAGCUGAUUGGACGGGACCAUUAUGGGAUGCACGAGAGCGUCUUCAAGUCAAUCCUCAGCUCAGACAUUGACCUGCGGCGCUGCUUCCUGGGAAAUAUCGUACUGUCAGGGGGGAACACUCUGCUGCCUGGCCUGCCUGAGCGGCUCCAGGCUGAGAUCAGAGGACUGGUUCCCACCAACAUGGGGGAGAGCGUUCGGGUCACCAGCCCUAAGGACAGAGACUUCUCCGUGUGGAGCGGAGGAGCAGUGCUGGCCAACCUGCCCACCUUCAGCUGUGCUUGGAUCAGUCAGGAAGAAUAUGAGGAGUACGGGCCGCAGAUCGUCUUCAGGAAGUGCUUCUGACACGGGCCUGUGUAAUGUACCACUUAAUUUUAUUUCACAAAGUGCAAUAUACAUGCAGCUCUAAUGCAGUCCUAUGGAUUGGUAUGAUCCAGAUCAAAUAUACAUGUUAAUGUUUUUAUGUAUUGUUUGUGGGUUCAGUUCUGCCCUCUUCAUCAGUGUGGGUCCUGACUUGUGACACCAGUGGGUUUCUAUUGACCUGCUUCUUGCUCUAUGCCCAUCUACUGAGAUCCACCAACAUGGGAGGAAAUUGGUGUUCAUGUCAUAGAAUUCCUGUCAGUCCAUGUUAUUGUUAUUGUUAUUACUCAGGAACCUUUACCUGUGUCUAAGGUUUCUUUUUUGGGAAUAUGUUUCUGUGUCUCAAGAUUUAAGCGCAAGUAUAUUAAUGUUUUGUGGUUAAGGGAUUAGAAUUGAAGCUGGCCUUUGAUUGAUGUAUGCCAACUUUUUCAAGAAUAAGCAAAUGAGGGACAUAAAGAGAAUUAAAUAUGCUGACUUCCAAUAUAUAUAUAUUAAUCUUAUCAAAUUAUGGUGUUUAUUUAUUCAACAAUUUAAAGUAAAUUUGGUAUGACAAACUUAAAAAUCAUAAAAUCUUUUUAUGUGUUAGACAUGGUUAAAGUUGCAGACAUUUUAAAUUGUGGGCCUGUUCAGCUGUGCAGUGUUUACAAGUAUGAUUUUAUAUUUUUUAUUUAUUUUAUUAUAGCAACAUUCUUUGUUAUGGAUUAUUAGGGCCACUGUUAGGAAUUUAAUUUUACAACCGUUUUCCCCACAAAAUAUUACAAGUCUUUUUUUACCUCUAUUACAUAUUUUCAAAAAAAGAUUUCUUUCCGAAUUGUCGUUUUAUCAUGUUGAUGAUCUAAAAACAUAUUUUGUUGUAACAUUUUCAAAUAUGGCUUUCUCGUAACUGUUUUCAUUAUUACUAUAAUAAAUAUAUAUUAUUUUCCUGGCAGUGGCCCUAAUACUAAUAUAACUGUACAUGGACGUUUACAGUAAUGUUAACUGGAGAGGAGAAAAGAGAUUUGUGGGAUAAGAAGUUUGCGUUCUAGAAAACCGCUGAGUCAUGUGUUGCUAAUGGAUAUUUUCCUACGUGUUGAUCUUCCACUCGAGUUACCUUUUUGGUUAGUGAAGGUCUGUCACUGGUAAUGAUGGAGGAUGGGAGUACGUAAUGGUUGUGUAAUGCCUAUCACUUGAUGUCAGUCUGUUGAAUAAGCAGAUGAUGUUUGAUGCUACUGCUGCAGGUACAGUUUGUCUGUCUUAAGUUUACAUUUGAGUGCAGUGUCUUGCCACCGAUUUUUCUUUGUUUUUUUUCUAAAAUAUAUUCUGAUCUGAAAACCGUAUUUGUGUGGAUUGUUCAAACAUGCACAGUAGUGUUGAUUUUUGUGAAAGGUGUUCCAAUGGUGCCAAAACUUCUGCAUUUAUCUCGAUACCACAGAUUCUGAAAACCCCUCUGCCAAGCCUGUAUAUUUAUAUGUAUUCUCCUUUUGUGAAAGUUCUCUCUUUUGCAUGCAGUUAUUUUGUUGCGUGUCAUUUAGUUGCACCUUUUUUUGCAUGUACUUCUUUGUCUGCAUGUGUUUGGAUUUUUGUGAAGUGCCUCUCUAAAGGCUUGGGGUAGUCAUGUGACCUGAAGUUCAGCUCUGCUGUGGAAUUCAGCAUGAAAUGUGACUGAGAACGCUUCUAUCUCUGCCCUCAUAAGACUGCCUGGUUUACUGGCUCUUUUGUCCUCCUCUCCUCUCAAUGUACUGUAACAGUAUGGACUGAGUCUAGCAAUAUUUGACCAAAACCAUGGUAUUUGUCAUGUCUGUUUUUUAUAAUAAAUAUUUUAAUCAUU